AUAUAUAAAUAUUUUAUAUAUACUCUCUCUCUCUCCUUCUCUAUCCCAAAAGGCCAAAACCAAUUUAUUUAGUUCUCUCUUUCUUUCUUCUUGUUGCUCUUCAAAAUGGCUGAUCAAUGGCUCAAUAUUUACCACCAAAAUCUCUCCAAUCAGCCCCCCUUACUCUCCGAUCACGAAAUCAGAAAUUCCGGGCUGGUCUCCGAUUCCACCGUCGUCACCGCCGCCGUCUCCUCCGCCACCACUCCGCCGGGCUCCGGGCCCAGCUUGAGCCCAGAUGGGCGCGUGGGCAAGCCGGUCCGGAAGCGGUCCAGGGCCUCUCGACGAACCCCGACCACUUUACUCAACACGGACGCGGCCAAUUUCCGCGCCAUGGUCCAGCAAUUCACCGGUGGGCCCACCUCCAAUAACGCGUCCAAUUUCACAUUCGGAUUCCCCGGUUCUACUCACUCCGUGUACGACCCGUCCUCCGCCGCCGCCUACCACAUCCCGGCUCCGCCGCAGCAGGCGCAGCUGUUCCAGUACCAGGGCCAACAACCGCCGCCGUUCAUGUUCUCGUUGGGCGAUUCGCCGGCGCUUUUCCAAACGCACGGUGGGGGUCCGAGGAAUGAUAAUAAUAAUGUUGCUGACUACAUGGGGCUGUUCGAUGGGCCUGCUCCGCCGCCUCAUCAACCUCGGCCGUCCUGACUCCGGCGCGGCGGCGAUAUUCGGCGGUAGUUUUUUUUUUUGCUUUUGAUUUUUUGAUGUUUUUUUUUUGGGGGAGUUGGUGGGUAAAAGAGGAAGUUAGGCACCGAAGUCUACUGACAAAAUUCUCCAAAGGAUGACAUUUUUGAAUUGACCAUGGAUUUGGAUGGUGUAAAGUUGGAGCGUGCGGCACGGCUCUGGUUCGCUCGCACGUGUGAACUCUGCUCUAUCGCCACGCACCGUAUUAGUAUGGAUCCCUUGUUAAUUACAUUUAUUAUUAUUGUUAUUAUAUGUUUUUUUAAUUUAUUACUUUUCUCUUUA